GUGCACUUUUGCUAUGAUUCAAGUUUCGAAGGUUUCAGGCUAAAUACAGCAAUUCACUCAACCGUAUUUGUGUAUGAUUGGGUUGACUGUGCUGGGGAGUGCCUCAAAAAACCGUGUUGCAGAUCGAUCAACUUUAAGAAAGAAUUCAUCGUACAAAAUUCAGAAGAUUAUAAUUGCGAAAUGUUGCACAAUGUCAUCACCAAUGUAUCAAAGAACUUGUUGGAACCAAAUUCGUCCUACGAUUACGUAUUUAUUCAUAACCCAAAAAAGGACUAUAAUGCAAGUUGCAUAAUUCCAAAAGAGUGCAAAAUGGCUCUCGGGAUGGAAAAUGGUGAUAUUACUGAUAAGCAAAUCACGGCUUCCAGCGAAUGGAAAACAGAUCAUGGGGCGGCUAAUGGAAGAUUGAAUUUCACACCACGAGAUGGAAGAACAGGGGCAUGGUCAUCGGGGCGCAAUGAUGUUAAUCAGUGGCUACAAGUUGAUUUCCAAAGGUCUGCUCUUGUAACGGGCAUAAGUACCCAAGGACGCAAUGGAUUGAAUCAGUUUGUUAAAAGCUACACCGUCUCUUCCAGCCAAGAUGGAGAAAAUUUUCAACAUUUUUUAGAAAAUGGAACGUUUAAAUUUAAGGAAUUCCAAGGUAACACAGACAAAAAUUCCAUUGUCCAUCACACGGUGAUUCCUCAUAUUUCUGCUCGGUUCAUUCGCAUUCAUCCAACGGCUUGGAACAACCAUAUCUCGAUGAGAGUUGAAUUUUAUGGUUGUUAUGUAUAUUAAUUAUAGCAAACGUUUUCAUACAUACGUUUUUCAAGAUUAAUGUUUAUUAAUGUCCUGAUCUGUUCUUCGUAGCAUUAGUAACUUAUUUAUUUAUUAGUAAUUCAUAUGUCUUAUUGUGCAACAUAUAUGCAUAUAUGUAAAGGCGAUGUUUUAAUAACUUUUGUUCCGUUAAUAGGCGUAAGGUUUUAAUGAGAUCUCUAUUAUAAUUAUGUGAUUCACCUCUUCAGGUUUAGGUAUUUUUAAUUUUGAAUGUUAAAUCUUGUAACAUAGAAUGAUUUUAUGCAAGAAAGAUAGUUAACUUCGAGAGCGAUCAUUUCCAGGUUUUCAUAACGCAGUCUUAACGAAAUAUUUGAGCGAAAGCGCUCGCAUGUUUUUCAUUGUUUGCAGAUAUGCCAGCAGUCAAAGUUCUGUUGCUGCUUUCUCGUAUGCUGCAAUCCUACAACGAAUGUAACGCUAUACGAACAACAGUUUGGCAUAGCAGUUUGACAAUAGUUUCAUGCAUGCGCUUGCAUACGUUGUGUUCAAUUCCUCCUAUAUCACGCUUUGCUCACGCUCCUUCUUGCAGGGCCAUCAAGAGACAUGCAUUAGGGAGAUUUAGCAGCGACUACGAUUACGAGAUUCGUCAUACUCGCGCGUUGUUUGCUUACGUUAUCCGCUAA